GGCCCUCCCUGUGCGAACCCAAUCGCAGCACCACGCCCUCGCCGUCCCUUCUUGCAAGCGAAGCCUGCUGUUGUUUCUCGCGUUCUAAUCCUUCCUUCUUCCUCCCAUUCCAUGCCAAUAGAGAGGUAGGGAGAGCGAGGAAUCGGAGAUGGGGAAAGAGCAAGAAGAGGAGCAGAGGAAGAAGCGGGUGGAGUCGCUGGGAUGGCUGACGGAGUCGUCGGUGAUGCCGAAGAAGCACAAGGCCAUCGAGGGCGUCGGAGCCUCCUCCAUUGUCGAGCUCAAGGCUCAGCUGUACCGUUCCCAGGAGGAGGCCCGCAAGGCCAAGGAGGCGGUCCCCGACGCAGAGUUCCUUCGCGCCAAGAAAAAGCCCCUCCCCUCCGACCUCUUCUCUCACAAGAACGCCGGCGUCGAGAGCCGCGCCAACAAAGACAAGCUGGAGCUGAAAGCUAUGGAAGAUGGCUCAGCUGUUUAUUCAGCUUUAGAGAAGAAGGCUGAACUGUACGAGAAACUAGCUAGAGGUGAGCUCCCUGAUGAAGAGGAGAAUGAGAAGUAUUGUGUUGACUUUUUCCACAAGACCCUUGAGCAAGAUGAACCCCAGCAGCCAGAAGACCAUGACACUCAUAACGGUGUAACACCAGAAAAGGAAGAUGGUAAUGAUGAUGAAUUGCUGCUAAAUGGAAGACCAUUUGGUCUUGGUCGUACCAGUGGCAAUGUGGACAAGGAUGAGCAUAAACGCUUUGUAAGGGAAAUCCAUGAGGAGGCAAGCCAGGCAAGAGCAAAGGCAACAACACUAAAGUUGCGUCGGCAGGAGCAGGAAGCUUCACGUCGUGAGAAACUUAGGCAGGCUUAUCUCAGGAAACAGCUGGAAAAAUUGACCGCUGCCAAACAAAUGGCCACGAGUGAGAAUUGCUCGCAACCUGUGAAUGCUGAGGUUUCUCAGAAAUAGAUGGAUGCCUGUGUUCUUGUACCUACCUGUUCCAAUGUCUUCAUGGAAAGUUUAUGCUGUACAACUUCAUUAAAGAUGAUUAUACUUUAAAAUUGGUUAAAUAGAUUCCUCAGAAGCAUGAAUGGUGUUUCUUAAUAA